GGGCGGGGUUAGAGGGGGAGAGCGGCUGUCAUGGCGGUGCUGGAGGCGCGCAUCGGAGGGGACGUGGGAGAGCUGGAAGAUCUAUCGAAGUUACCCGCCGAGGAGAGAUGGAGGGUGGAGCAUGCCCGCAUGCACGCGAAGCACCGUGGGCACGAGGCCAUGCACGCUGAGAUGGUGCUCAUCCUGCUGGCCACGCUAGCCGUGGCACAGGUGUUGCUGGUGCAGUGGAAACAGAGGCACACCCGCUCCUACAACGUGAUGACGCUCUUCCAGAUGUGGGUGGUGCCGCUUUACUUCACGGUGAAGCUCUUCUGGUGGAGGUUUCUGUCCAUGUGGGGAAUCUUCUCAGCCGUCACGGCCUUGGUGGUGUUCCGUGCCACGCGAAGACCGCUCACCGGAUCUACACCACGCCUGGUGUACAAGUGGUUCCUGCUCAUCUACAAGCUGAGCUACGCCGUGGGGAUCGUGGGUUACAUCGCCGUCAUGUUCACCAUGUUCGGGUUCAACCUGCUGUUCAGGUUACGCACAGAGGACUCUAUGGACUUUGGCGUUGUUCUGCUCUUCUACGGCCUCUACUACGGAGUCCUGGGAAGAGACUUUGCGGAGAUCUGCAGCGAUUCUAUGGCCUCUACCAUUGGGUAUUACAGCGCAAGCGGCAUGCCGUCUAAGCAGCUGGCCCAGGACACGUGUGCCGUGUGCGGGCAACGCAUCCUGGUGGACGUGGAGGUGGAGGGGGUCAUCGAGAACACGUACCGCCUCUCCUGCAGCCACGUAUUCCAUGAAUUCUGCAUCCGAGGCUGGUGCAUUGUGGGUAAGAAGCAGACGUGUCCAUACUGCAAGGAGAAGGUGGACCUCAAGAGGAUGUUCAGCAACCCCUGGGAACGCCCCCACGUGCUCUACGGGCAGCUCCUGGAUUGGCUGCGCUACCUCGUGGCCUGGCAGCCACUCAUCAUCGCCCUAGUGCAGGGCAUCAACUACACGCUGGGGCUAGAGUAGUUGGUGAGGGUGGUGGUGAGGGUGGUGGUGGUG